AUGAUAAUUUUAAAUAAUUUGAUAAGAUUAUUGGUGAGAAUAGAGAAUGUAGAGUGUGUGUCAGGAACAAUUAAGAAAGAUGAUAUUUAUGUAGGAAUAGACUUAGGAACAACAAAUACAUGUGUAUGUUUCUUUAAUAAAGCUACAGAGACAACUGAAUUUCUUAACUUUGGAGAUAAAGUCUAUCAACCAACAGUACCAACAGCAAUUUAUUUUGAUCAGAAUGGCCACCACACAAUUGGAUAUAGGGCAAAAGAACUAUCUAUCAAUAAGGAUGGUGCAUUUAUUUAUGGUUACAAGAGGGUUAAUGGAUUAUUUUACAACAACAUUAGCUUUAUUGAUAGGUUUAUUAAAGAUGUAAGUUAUAAUGUUGUGCCUCAUAAGCCAAAAGAUGGAGCAAAUGAUAAUCCAAUAGUUGCAUUCCCAAUUCCUAAUGGUGAGUAUCAUACCCCAACAACAUUGAACAUACUUUUGUUGAGGGAUAUUUACAAUAAACUUAAUGAGAAGUACAAUGUAAUUGCAACUGUGAUAACUACACCAGCUUAUUUCACUGAACCACAACAAGCAGAGACUAAGUUAGCAGCCGUGACAGCUGGAUUUCCAGAUGUUAAGAUUGAUAAAGAACCAUCUGCUGCAUGUGUAGAUUAUGCACAGAGUUACAUGGGAACAGAUGUGAAGGUAGGAGAAAAGAAUGUAUUGAUAUUUGAUUUAGGAGGAGGAACAUUUGAUUUGUCGUACUUGGUUAUUGAUAAUUCAAAAGAUGAAGAGGCAGGAAAGAACAAAGUUUUCUCGUCAAUUGAUGUACUCAUGUACAGAGGAGAUAAUUUCUUAGGUGGAGAGAAUGUUAACUCAUUACUGUUUAAUUAUAUUCAAAAGAAUAUAAUGAAGAAAGAUGAAUUAUCACAAAGAGAUAAAUUGAAUUUAGGAAUGUUCGUUGAAAAGUUUAAAAUAGAAGCAUGUGAUAUGUGGAGAGAAGAUAUUAACAGAAUAAAAGAGUCAACCUUAGUAAAAACAGAUAAAUUCUUUGAUAGUUUAAAUAAUGAAUAUGUAAUAUCGAUGAAUGAGAGUAAAUUUAAUGAGAUUACUGAGAGCUUCUUUAAUAACAUUAAGAAGCAUUUUAUUGAUCCUGUUAAUGGAAUGUUUAGACCAAUGGGAAAUGAUGUUCUAGAAAAGCCAAUUGACAAGAAUACUAUUGAUUUAGUAAUAUUGGUAGGAGGAGCUACAAGAAUGCCUAAGAUACCAUCACUUAUUAGAGAGAUAUUUGGUGAUAAGAAGAUUGAGAUUUCAGAUGUGAUAGAUGCAGAUAAGUCAGUAGCUAGAGGAGCAGCAUUAAUAUGUGCUAAUAGAUUUGAGGGAAGUGGAUUGGACUCAAUUGCUAUGCAGAAUACUACACAUUUACAUGUUGGUAUUGCUGUUGUUGAUGGAAGCUUUAAAGCAAUUAUCCCAUCAAGAGAACCAAUUCCAUGUAAAUUCUCAGAAACAUUUACCACUGUUGAAGAUUAUCAAUCUAAAGUCAAUUUGAGAUUAGCAAUGGGUGUGAGACCAAGAUUUGAAGACAAUGAAUUUAUUGGACAGCUUGAAUUAAAGAUAGCUAAACCAGUGCCAAAAGGACAGUGUCAGAUUAAAGUGGAAAUGCAGAUGACAAGUGAUUUUGGAUUGAAGUUGAAUGCAUCAAUUGAAGGAGAGUCUGAGAAUGCUAUCAGUCAUACAUUUAAGAAUUGUUACAAAUCACUUGAUGAUGAGUUAGUGAAGAAAUUACUUAAAGAUGCUACUUUGUAUGCUGAAGAAGAUAAGGAGAUUGAAGCUAAAUUUAAAGUUAAGAGUGAAUUUGAGUCUUAUCUUGAGAUCUAUAAGAAGAGAGUUGAAAGUGUGAAGUUUAAUGGUAAAGAAAAUGUAGUUCAUAGAGCUUAUGUGGAUACUCAUCGUGACUUCUUACUUCAAGAUAAGAAAGCAGACUCAGCUUUAACUUCUGACAGGUUGAAAGAAGAAUUAGAAUCAUUAAAGAAAAAUUUAGAAGAAUUUGAGAAACUCGCUCAAGAAAGUGGUGAUAAAGUUAAAACUGAUGAGAAGAAAGAUUCUGAUGACAGAAGAAAAGUUGAACUUUAA